AUGAGUUUGUCCAUGAACAUCGGUUCAUUCGAACAACUUACAACCCGAAUCGGACGUACACGAUUGAAGAGAUGUGGAUCAACACCGGCUAUGAGAGUCUUCGUCGUUUACGCGCCGACAUCAAACUAUGACGAAGAGGAGAUCGAAGCGUCCUAUAUGGACUUGGAGAAGAUCUACAGAGAAGACCACACUUUCUUCAAGGUCAUCAAUGGAGAUUUCAACGCUAAGAUUGGACCAAGAAGAACGUUUGAAGAACGUCACAGUGGAACCCACGGAUUAGAAUGGAAUGAACAGGGUGAGCAGCCGUCUGGGUUGAUCGUGGCGACCAAGACCAUCCAUGGUAACCCGCAAUUCCAGAAGCCCCACCUUCAACGCUGGACGUGGGAGUCUUCCAGUGGAGAGUACCAUAACAAAAUAGACCACAUUGUAGUAAACCGAAGGUUUUACCUAACCGGUGGCGCUGUUGUCCCAAGAUUCUACAUGGGAUUAGAUUGUCGCCGCCUUCACGCAAGAUUCUAUUUUUCGCGGAAAGGAGAAGAAGCCGCUAAAUUCAAAAACCGAAGUGCCAAAACCACCAUAAACUGGGAUAUAUUCAAUUUAUUAGUCGGUUGUUGGAAAGAUGCCGUUACAGACAACAUCGACGAGGAAUGCGAUCGGCUCAUUCAACACCUUCACGUUAGCGCUAUGAGAGCUGAGGGUUCGACAGUCACCAAGAGAAGUCUCUGUAGGAAACUUCUCUAUUGA